AACGAGACCAAGCGCUAAGUCUGACUAACUACCUUACCUCAGUCAUAGUUCGCGUUGUCUACUGUGUCCCGUUUCUGAAUAUUACCUUUUGUCAAACGCUCUUAAUCCAAUCCAGCCAAUUAUUCACAUAGUGGCACAACAUCCAUAACAAUCUUUAGUUGUUAUCAAUUAUUAUCAUUUGAUUGAUAGUAAGUUGACAUUGUCAAAAACAAUCUUUUGAAUCAUAGUCUGUUCAAGAAUAUUGACGUAUUUAAAAGUUUACACGUCAUAUUUAAGAUUUAAAAUUUAAAUUCAGUACUUAUUAGAUGUUAUCUUAAUAAAGUGUAGUAGUAAACAUUGAAUAUCAGUUCAAUAAAGUGUAUUUGUCUAUAAAAAUGCUCAAGGCAGUAAUACUUAUUGGUGGACCACAAAAAGGAACUCGCUUUCGGCCCCUGUCACUGGACACCCCCAAGCCUCUAUUUCCAUUAGCGGGUUUACCAUUGAUUCAGCAUCACAUUGCAGCAUGUGCUAAACUAGAGGAAUGUAAGGAAAUAUUGAUAAUUGGGUCCUACCCAACUACUGUAAUGACCCAAUUUGUUGCUGAUAUGCAGAAAGAGUAUCGCUUGAUUAUAAGAUACCUCUAUGAAUUUAUGCCACUAGGCACAGGAGGUGGCUUGUAUCAUUUUAGGGACCAAGUAAGAGCUGGUAAUCCCACUGGAUUUUUCCUAUUAAAUGGUGAUGUGUGUGCAGAUUUUCCUUUAAAAAAGUUGUGGAAGUUCCAUGAUGAAAAGCCAGAUGGUUUGGUCACAAUAAUGGGCACAGAAGCAACAAGGCAACAGUCUGUAUAUUAUGGAUGUAUGGUCAGAGAAACAAACACAAAUGCUGUAACACAUUAUGUAGAGAAGCCUAACAGUUAUGUUUCAACUUUAAUAAAUUGUGGAGUGUAUGUUUGUUCAUUACAAGUGUUCCAAGUAAUGGCUGAAGCAUUUCAGAGAAAACAGGAUAGAUUUUAUAGUGCCAAUGGCCAUGGAGGUCCUGAAUACAUGUCCUGGGAACAAGAUGUGCUGUCUCAACUUGCAGGAACUCACAAAUUGUACGCACUACAGGUUACAAAUUGGUGGUCUCAAGUGAAGACCGCUGGUUCAGCGAUAUACGCAAACAGGCACUAUCUAGAAUUACAUCAAAAUAAGUCGAGCGACGCCCCGUGUAAGAUACUGCCCGAUGUGUUCAUACACCCCACUGCCAUUGUUCAUAGUACUGCUGUAAUAGGACCCAAUGUAUCUAUCGGCGCAGGAGUGACGAUAAAGGCUGGAGUGAGGAUCAAAGAGUCAAUAGUACUUAACAACGCGACUGUACAUGAACAUUCGCUUGUUAUGUAUUCUGUCGUGGGUCAAGAUUCGUCUGUUGGGGAAUGGUCCAGGGUCGAGGGUACCCCAUCGGAUCCUGAUCCGAAUAAACCUUUCGCGAAAAUGGAUAACACUCCCCUUUUCAAUAACGAUGGACGUCUUAAUCCUUCCGUCACUAUACUAGGUGCAGGUGUAACAGUUCCAGCAGAGAGGAUUCUCCUGAACUCAAUAGUUUUACCACACAAACAGCUUAAUCGCAGUUAUAAGAACGAAAUAAUAUUAUAGUCCAGUUUAUUUUAUACAGCGUUUGUAAAGGAAUUGACUAUGAAUUAAUAUAAUUUUAAAUGCAACGCAACGCGCCAUAGUUUUGUCUUUCGGUUUUAAUUUUCACAUUACGCAAAACGAUUGAGUCAGAUUUAAGCAAUUUCAAAAUCGAAGAAGGAGUUUAUAUGUUUAAGGUGUAUUUUUUUAAAGUUAUCAAAUACCUUCAUAUAUAUUUUUUAUAUGCUGAAAGUUGUUUGUAUGACUUCUAAGAGAUAUACGUCAAGAAUUAUAGAUGAAAUUUUUACUGUUUUUAUAUUGAAUUUUUGUAUAUUUUGCACCAAAGGAAAACAAACGAGACUGCAUAUUAAUUGCCAUUAAUCAAGUAUAUGUAAAAUUAUUUAUAAUAUCUACCUUAAGAUAC